AUGGAGAUAUGGUUAAAUCAAUCAUCUGCAGAUGGCUUCAUCCUCUUGGGCAUCUUUUCCCACAGCCCAGCUGACCUUGUCCUCUUCUCUGUGGUGUUGGUGGUGUUCACAGUGGCCCUCUGUGGGAAUGUCCUCCUCAUCUUCCUCAUCUCCGUAGAUCCCCAACUUCAUACACCCAUGUACUUCUUCCUCAGUCAGCUCUCCCUCAUGGACCUCAUGUUGGUCUGUAACACUGUGCCAAAGAUGGCAGUCAACUUCCUGUCUGGCAGGAAGUCCAUCUCUUUUGUGGGUUGUGGCCUACAAAUUGGCUUUUUUGCGUCUCUUGUGGGAUCUGAGGGGCUCUUGCUGGGACUCAUGGCUUAUGACCGCUAUGUGGCCAUUAGCCACCCACUUCACUAUCCCAUCCUCAUGAGUCAGAGAGUCUGUUUCCAGAUUAUUGGGGGUUCCUGGGCCUUUGGGAUAAUAGAUGGUUUGAUCCAGAUGGUGAUAGUAAUGGCCUUCCCCUACUGUGGCUUGAGGGAAGUGAACCACUUUUUUUGUGAGAUGUUAUCCUUGUUGAGGCUGGCCUGUGCAGACACAUCCCUUUUUGAGAACGUGAUAUUUGCUUGCUGUGUCUUCAUGUUGUUCCUUCCCUUCUCCAUCAUCGUAGCCUCCUAUUCUUGCAUCCUGAGGGCCGUUCUCCCUAUGCGCUCUGCUCAGGCUGGUAAAAAGGCUCUGGCCACCUGUUCCUCCCACCUGACAGCUGUCUCCCUCUUCUAUGGGGCAGGCAUGUUCAUCUACCUUAGGCCUAGUCGCUACCGGGCCCCAAGCCAUGACAAGGUGGCCUCCAUCUUCUACACAGUCCUUACCCCUAUGCUCAACCCCCUCAUUUAUAGCUUGAGGAACCGGGAGGUGAUGGGAGCCCUGAGGAAGAUGCUGGACCAUUUCAGGAUUGGCAGCCAACACUGA